UAUCACGUGACAGCGAGUCUUGUGACAGUGCAGCAGGAAAAACGUCGUUUUUGAGUUUGAUAAAGAGUUUCACUCGUUACCAAACCCAGAUUUCUCUCAUAAACGAGAGAAAUCAAGAAUAGGUCGCUAUGGCGCAUCUUUAGGACAUUUGCCCGUCUUCAAACCAUUCCUGUCCCGAAGCUGAUAGAGCGCGUUAAAGUCGCAUGGGGAAGAGUGGAGGAACUUUCAUCCAAUCUUUGUUUUGGUUUUUGUUUGCGUUCGUCCAAGUGACCGUUCAAGCUCAAGGAGAUUUUAAACUAGUUUUCUGAAGUGGACAGGACGCCUCGGACUGGAUAUGGAUUCUAAACCUCUUCUCCAGGACAGACCUCCGGCGUACAACGCGGUCCCGGCGGCGUACGACUACGGCUCGUUCCCCGCGGCCGCUGCUCCUGCGACGGGCUUCCAGCCUCAGGCUCCGCCGCCCUACCAAGGUUUCCCGGCCGCCACCUCAGGGUAUCCGAGCAUCCCGGGCCAGCCCGCGGCCGUGGCCACCCAGCCAGCCUACACCAGCACCUACACCAUCGUCCAGCCCUCCGUGGUGGUGGUGGGGGGGUGUCCGGCCUGCAGGGUCGGCGUGCUGGAGGACGACUUCACGUGUCUGGGAAUCAUGUGUGCCAUCUUCUUCUUUCCUCUGGGAAUCCUCUUCUGCCUGGCCCUGCGUCAGAGGAGAUGUCCAAACUGUGGAGCCACCUUCGGCUAGAGGGACCAAACACCCCCGUCGCUGUCUUUUUAAUCCAGUUUUUAGCAUCAGCAUAAGUUUAUCUGUAAUCAUUGCACACGAAAAACGCCAAACGUCGCUUAACGCAAGUAUGAUAAAUGACAGAUCACAAUACUUUUUGAUUACUUCGAGAUGGUCGUCCAUGUUUUUAGUUUAUACACGCCUCGCAAGCACUAUUGUUUAUGUUUUCUUUGUUGUUGUUGUUGUUUAUAUGAAAUCUUAAAGCCAGUCUCCAGUCAUAUAAUCACUAGUGCCUUUCCGACGGCAGAGAAACCAUGAACUGAUGGAGCCGGGACUCACUGGACAAAACGCCGACUCACUUUGAGUAACUGUGUAGAAAUUAAAUUGAUCUGCUCCCCUUGAUUUCUUUUGUUUAAUCUGUUCUUGCGUAUUGAGAAAACCAUCACCAUUGACUUAUAAUACAAUCACUAAUCGUGUCAAUCGCGUCAAAAAGCAUCGCAUUUAUCCUCUUGUUUUAUGCUCGAUUUAUUUGUAUAUCUUGAAUCAGUUUUAGACCAUUUUCUCUUUCCUGACGGGGUCUUGUUUCGGGGGCCAUGUUUUCACCGCACUGCACUGAUGAUCAAUGUUAUAUGUGCAGUUGUGUUUCACAGCCAGAUCCUAGUUGAAGCGAAACCUGGCAAUAAACAAGGGAAGUUGGCAGCAGGACAAUGUAACGUUAAUCUUUGACAAUGCGAAUGGUUUUUCUUUCCAGUUGACCGACAAUCAAGUCUCGGACGUGUCCAGUGUGACUUCUUUCAUGAUGUACUCAUAGCAUACACUUAGGCACGCUGUUAUGAUCGGUUAUAACUUUUUUUACAUUAAAAGAUUGUAUAUAAAUUCUCCAA